AUGCGUGAUUUCUCCAAGUUUGUCGUCCGUUGGGUGACGAGUGACGACAGAAAUGAGGAACGCUCUGCUCAAGCAUUUCGCGCGAGGCGCAUUCAACUCCGCAAGGUCGACAUCUUCUACAGUCGAUUCCGCUCUUGGCUCAUCUCAUUCUCAUCCAAACGCCGUGCAGUUUCAUUGUCAUUGGCCGAGGAAGCAGAAACGGCUGUAUUUCCAAGAGAGGGUGCAAGAGUUUCUUAUGGCCUUAGUUGGGCUCUUGCUGGAAGAGGUGUAAUUGUGAAGGAUAAAGCUUUUCACAACUUAAAGUCUACUGAGCUACAACAGAAGGGUGCAACCAGUGCAGAGCGAUUGUCUGGUCUUCCUAUUCACAUUAGAGGAAAUGCCACAGAAGGUGCUUCAGAAAUUACGAAGGCACAAUUCAGCAAACUUUUGAAACAGGUCACUUCUCACAUUUCAUCCAUCUCAAAUGUCUUUGUUCAUGAUGGUGCUGUUGGUUCAUAUGCAAAAUGCGAUGCAAAAGUCCGUAUCAUAAGUGAUAGCCCGACUGCUGUAUUUUCACUUUCCAAUGUUCUUUGGACAACCUCUACUCGAGCAGUUUCCCAUGAUUCUUGCCCUCUGACUGUUUAUGUUGCUACCUCUAUGAGCCCAACUAUUGGGGAGGCUAUUGGUCUCGGAUCACAUUCAAAUGCUGGGUUUUUAGCAGCCGAUAUUGAACGUUCCUCCCUCAUCCUCUGUGGCAAAGCUUUUGCAGACACUGAUGGUCUAAAAGAUGCCCUAGCUGCCAUGGCUGCACCUGUCAUCACUGCAAGGGGAGGCCUUCCUCUGUCCGCCAGGUUCCUCGUGUCUGGCGACUCCGUGAUUCUGUUGUUUGCUCCAGAGGACACCAUCCAGAGCUGUGCAGGUCUGCGUGUGAUUUUGGCGUCAACUGAUGCAGGUGUAGUCCUGUCUUCUCAUGGUGUUGCACCUCUCUUUCAAACAAAAGAUUCUGAUGCACCAAUAUUCAAAUUGCCAGCUUCUGUGAUCCUUGCAGCUGCUGAUAGUUCUGGUGCCCUUCCUUCUGUAUCCAAGCUCUCUCCAGGUCAAGCAGCAUACCAUUUUCUGGCAGGCUAUCAAAAUGGGAAGUUUGUGCCUGCAUACAGAAAGGGUCCCUCGCCACUUGAUGCUCUGGAGCUUUCGAAAGCACUUCUUUCACAGCUGAAAGAAAAUGAGAUUCCGUCAUUCCUAGUUAACGUCAUGGAAGGAGAAAAGCAUAUAACUGGCAACGCACUUGUAAAUUUGGUGGAGUCAACCCUAUUGAAGAGCAUACCACCAUUUGAAUGUAAAGGAGAUACUCAAGGGAAGUACAAAAGCUUUAUAUCGUGUAAGUACCAAGGUUUACCUGAGGAAUUUUCAUUCUAGCCACCCUCUCAUCCUUUUAUUUCUUUCCUUCUUGAAUGCCCGUUUUGCACUUGGAUUUAAAAUUUUCAUAAAUAAAGUGUUUAUGCAAAAUUUUUCUCAUCAUCCCAUGUUCCUGAACGGAUUAUCGUUGUAAUGAAAUGGUGUGUGAAUGAGCUUGAGGAUUCCAAUGGUGCCAGCAUCAUUUGCUAUUUCGUAUAUAUGACAACUCGCUUCUGUAAUUGUAUUUCCAAAUCA